CUGGCAUGGAUUCUCCAGCCUCUCGAGAGCCGGACGCCAGCGGUCAGUCCCCACCGGUGGCUGAGGAUGGACUUACAUUUAAAGCAUGUGAUAUCUCUGAGCUGUUGAGAUUGUCCAGCUUAAACUCCUUCCAGACGGACUCAGCCAGUGACGCGGUGAUCACAGAUGAACUUCAGAAAGAGCAUCAGAGACACUCCAGUAGCGGUUUGGAGAAUAAUCACAGUGACUCAGACGCCGAGCGUUGUGAAGGGAGCAGCAAGCAUGGAGACGGUGAGCAGGAGCGGCCGCAGGGUCACCAGGGGACGGAGGCAGACGGGAAGAUCCCCAAUCGGGACAGCGGCAUCGACAGUCCCUCCUGCGGGGCAGAGGGCGAGGGCGAGGGCUUCCCGAACGAGGAGCCCAUCGAGGAGGAGGACAGGAACGACAGCAGCACCACAGAGACGGAGUCAUGUGUCACCGCCGGAAACAAACGGGACUCGACACAGGACGAGGACAGUGACCUGGACGAGGGGAGCUGUGAAGAUCCUGAGGGUCUGCCGUCUGAGUCGCAGAAGUUGUUGAACAUUGCUAAAGAGUUGCUUCAGACAGAAGAAGCGUAUGUCAAAAGACUCAACCUGCUGGACCAGGUGUUUUGUGCCCGUCUGACGGAGGCUAGUAUCCCUGCUGAGGUCAUCACAGGAAUCUUCUCCAACAUCUCCAGCAUCUAUCUCUUCCACCAACAGUUCCUGCUGCCUGAACUACAGACACGCAUCACACAGGAGUGGAGCUGUAAUCCACGCAUAGGGGACAUCCUGCAGAAGCUGGCCCCGUUCCUGAAGAUGUACGGCGAGUAUGUGAAGAACUUCGAUCGUGCCAUGGAGCUGGUGAGCACCUGGACGCAGCGCUCUGCUCAGUUCAAGAGCGUGGUCCAGAGCAUCCAGAAGCAGGAGGUGUGUGGGAACCUGACGCUGCAGCAUCACAUGCUGGAGCCGGUGCAGCGGAUCCCACGCUAUGAGCUCUUACUGAAGGACUAUCUGAAGAAGCUGCCCACCAGAGCCCCGGACCACAGAGACGCACAGAAUGCUCUGGAGCUGAUCUCCACCGCAGCGAACCACUCCAACGCUGCCAUCAGGAAAAUGGAGAAGAUGCACAAGCUGUUGGAGGUGUAUGAGAAGUUGGGUGGAGAGGAGGACAUCGUUAAUCCAGCUAAUGAAUUCAUUAAAGAAGGCCACUUGAAGAAGAUGUCGGCUAAGAACGGCAGCGCACAGGACCGAUACCUCUAUCUGUUCAAUAACAUGAUGCUGUAUUGUGUGCCCAAGCUGAGGCUGAUGGGACAGAAGUUUAGCGUCCGAGAGCGAAUCGACAUCGCAGGGAUGGAGGUUCAGGAAAACGUCAAACAGAACGUCCCUCACACUUUCACCAUCAUCGGCAAACAGCGCUCGCUCGAGCUGCAGGCCAGGACGGCUGAGGAGAAGGACGACUGGAUAAAAGUGAUCCUGGCCACGAUUGAGAAGCACAAGCAGAACAGUGAGACGUUCAAAGCUUUCAACACCUCCUUCAGCCGUGAUGAAGAGCACACGCCUGACACGCCGGGCCAGUGUAUCAGCACGAGCACAUGUGAGGCAGACGGAGCUCAGCACGAGAGGAAGAGCUCAAAGAAACGAGAGAAGGAGAGAGAAACCUGCAAAGGCUGCAGCGAGGCCUUCCACUUCACCAAGCGCAAGCACUACUGCAAGAGCUGCGGCGCGGCCGUCUGUGGGAAGUGUUCCAGGGUGUCUGAGAGCAAGAACAGCCGCGUGUGUAAGCCGUGUUUUGAAGGGCUGCCAGGAGCUGAAGGGACAGCAGGGGGCAGCACUGAGCCCAAGAGAAAACUCGAGAAGCAGCUGUCAGUUGCUCAGUCUUCUCAACGGACAGGAAGAGGAGAGGAGUUGGAACAAGAGCUGGGAGGCCAUCACUGAAGCACAGCUUCUGCAGAUUUACCAACAAACCAGUGCACAGGUCUCUCUGGCUGACAUCAGUGACACGAGAAGAAGAAUCUGAAGGGAGCUCCUGUCACAUGCUGUAAAGGGAGGAGCCAACAAGAUGUCAGUCACAGCAAGAGCCAAUAGGAUGCUCUCCUUCUCCCCCUCGAUAAAGAACUCCUGUUACUUGAAAUCACUUUAUCCUCAGCACUUUUUUAUUCUUUCUUCUGAGAUAUAUUUUUUUAAUACCUUCACACAAUCAUUGCUCUUUCAGCAGCCCUCACACAUUCGCACCGUCGCGCCUUCAUUUGAGUGUGAGAGUGACUGUUUGUCAAUGCACUGUUCACAUCCGCUUGUGUUGCACUCGAUGAAGAAGUUGAGAAUGUCUAUAUAAUGUUACGAUGAAUGUUUUUUGCCUUUCAGAUGAGUUCUUAGUAAAAAGCAUUAAGUGGC